CCAGGAGCGAGUCCGCCAUGAGUCCAGCGCCCCCCGCGCAACUUGACAAAAGCAUCGCACAAUCCGUCAGUGGCAAGCAGUCGCUCGCUGUCAGUGGAAGAACGUGUACGUACGAAAUGGAACGCGAUCGUAUCGGUGUAUGGGGCUCCGGGGACGGCCAGUCCAACAGCCGGCUCUCAGGGCUCGACCGCCUGAAGCACCCUGGACUCAAUAAGGGUAUGGCGUUCACAAUCGAGGAGCGUCAAGCAAUGGGUAUCCACGGCUUGCUGCCCCCGAGGGUGAAGACCCAGGAGGAACAAGUGGAGCUGUGCAAGCUUUCCAUUGCACGCUACGAAGACCCUCUCAACAAGUACAUUUAUCUGAUGGGACUACUGGACCGCAACGAGCACCUAUUUUAUCGCUUCGUGGGCGAGAAUGUUGCGGAAAUGAUGCCCAUAGUGUACACGCCCACUGUUGGGCUCGCGUGCCAGAAGUUCGGGCUCGUGUACCGGCGACCACGUGGACUCUUUAUUACUAUCAAUGACAAGGGAUAUGUUUACGAUAUUUUGAAGAACUGGCCUGAGACCGACGUGCGUGCUAUCGUAGUGACGGACGGCGAGCGUAUCUUGGGGCUGGGAGACUUGGGCGCCUGCGGUAUGGGCAUCCCUGUGGGCAAGCUGUCGCUCUACACCGCGUUAGCCGGUAUCAAGCCGCAUCAGUGCUUGCCUAUAACUCUUGACGUGGGCACGAACAACCAGACCAUGCUGGACGACCCGCUGUACAUCGGGCUGCGGCAGCGGCGCGUGCGCGGCGCCGCGUACGACGAGUUCGUCGACGAGUUCAUGCAGGCGGUCGUCAAGCGCUUCGGGCAGAACUGCCUCAUACAGUUCGAGGACUUCGCCAACGCGAACGCGUUCCGCCUGCUCGAGAAGUACCGCGGCAGGUACUGCACGUUCAACGACGACAUCCAGGGCACGGCGGCGGUGGCGGUGGCCGGGCUGCUCGCGUCGCUGCGCAUCACCGGCAAGCGGCUCUCCGACAACGUGUUCGUGUUCCAGGGAGCCGGCGAGGCAUCUCUGGGUAUCGCAGAGCUGUGCGUGAUGGCGAUGAAGAACGAGGGUACAUCGGACGCCGAUGCACGCUGCAAGAUUUGGAUGGUGGACUCAAAGGGUCUCAUCGUGAAGAACCGUCCUGAAGGUGGACUGAACGAACACAAGGAGAAGUUUGCCCAGAACUGCUCCCCCAUUCGGACACUUGCCGAAGUUAUAAAUGUUGCUAAGCCUUCUGUACUGAUUGGCGCGGCCGCUAUAGGCGGCGCGUUCACUGCAGACAUCUUGCGCAAGAUGGGCGAACUGAACGCGCGGCCGGUCAUCUUCGCGCUCUCCAACCCCACCAGCAAGGCCGAGUGCACCGCCGAGGAGGCCUACGCCAACACCGACGACCGCGCCAUCUUCGCGUCGGGCUCGCCGUUCCCCGAGUACCGCGCCAAGGACGGGCGCGCGCUGCGGCCGGGGCAGGGCAACAACGCGUACGUGUUCCCCGGCCUCGCGCUCGGCGUGCUCGCCGCCGGCAUCGUCGACAUCUCCGAGGACUUCAUGCUGCUGGCCGCAGAGGCCCUGGCUAAAAUUGUGUCACAAGAGAAUUUGGACCACGGUAGCGUGUACCCACCACUCGCAGAUAUCCAAGAAUGCUCCGUCAAGAUCGCCAAGAAAGUUUUGGAACACGCGUACAAUACAGGCAAGGCGUCAGUACAACCGCAGCCAGAGGACGCGGAGGCGUUCAUCCGCGCGCAGAUGUACGACGUGCGCUACUCGCCCGCGCUGCCGCCGCGCUACGACUGGCCGCCGAGCCCCGCGCCGCACGUCUCCGUCAUGUAGACCGGCAGCUACCACAGACUACCUACACACGGCCGGACAUUUCGAUACUCGUAUAAAAAAAAAAAAAAAAAAAAACUAAUAGAGCUCUGCUAAUAAACACAAUUUGUUAUUCCAUUUUUACCUAUCAAAAAAAAAAGAAAAAAAAAAUACCACUGAUUUUGUGCAUACAAUAUUGGUUUAAUUACGUUUUUCUUUACAUUAAAUCGUCCGAAAAAAGUAAAAAUCGGGGGUUAAGAGUUGUAAUUUAAAAUCGGGGAUUGUGUUGUAAGAAGAGCCGCUUUUAAUAUCGAUACGGCAAGGAAUUAUUGUGAUAAUCAAAGUUACUUUGUCACCAUCUGUUACUUUGAUUUGGCAAUCAAGUCUGUUUAUGUUUUAUAAAUAACCACUAAUAUCGCUUGAUCAAAUUUUACCAAAGGUUUAUUAUUGAAACUACUAUUUAUGUCUUUAAUUUAUUAUGACUAAAAUGCCGUAUUAAAAAUAACUUUAUAAACAUGAAAUGUUUAAAAAAAGGUUAGAACGAAAGCAGCGGUUGUGUGUGCUUAAACACAUGUAAGUUCUAUUGACGAGGGAUCUUAUGUUUUAUACUUUUUUUUCAUGUAAUUUAUAUGUUUAGCUCAGCUUGACUUAUCAACAUUCUUAAACAAUCUUUUUCGGAUACCAUUAAUUGUUUAAUUAUUGAUUUCAUGUUGAUAGACACUGUGAUUAUAUCUGUUUUGUUAAAAAUUGCAUUGAUAAAAACGCAAAGGUGCAAAUCAUAAAAUUUAUUUUGGCAAGUGUGCAUUGCCAAGUGCGAUGACGCGAAAUCUAUUCUUGCACUAAUAUGACGUGACUAUUUUUCUCACGUAUUUUUGCUUUGCCAACAACAUGAUUUAUAUCAUUGUUAUUAUUUUUAAAGACGUCACACAAUACUAUUUAAAAUUACAUUCCAAUCUUCCAAAGUGAACUGUUUUAUGAUUAAAUUUGAACCAAAUAUAUAUUGUAUUUAUAAAACUAGGUUUAUUUUUGUAUUUGUAAAGAAAUACUUUAUAUGGAGAUAAAUAAAAAAAAAUGUGAUAUGUAUUUAUAGCGAGUUAACGGGAAAAUGUUGUUAAAAUAGAGGAUUUGUUUUUUGUUACUUUUAUAAAUUUGUCAAAAUAAUUUAUAUUAAUUUAUUUAGUUAUAUUAAGAACCUUGUCAUGUAGACGAUUUCGAUUAGUAAUAUUAUAUUGAACAAGCUUGUAUUUAACGGAUCGGUAAUACAAUAUUAUUUAUUUGUAAAAGCAUUAAAAUAAAUUAUUUGAUGAAAAA